CGGCCGGUUGCCGGGAAGUGGCUUUUGCUGCUGCAUCAUGGCGUCCGUGGGGACCCUCGCUUUUGACGAGUAUGGGCGCCCUUUCCUCAUCAUCAAAGACCAGGACCGCAAGUCCCGGCUCAUGGGACUGGAGGCCCUCAAGUCUCAUAUAAUGGCGGCAAAGGCUGUAGCAAAUACAAUGAGAACAUCCCUUGGACCAAAUGGGCUUGACAAGAUGAUGGUGGAUAAGGACGGCGAUGUGACGGUGACUAAUGACGGGGCCACCAUUCUGAGCAUGAUGGAUGUCGAUCACCAGAUUGCCAAGCUGAUGGUGGAACUCUCCAAAUCACAGGAUGAUGAAAUUGGGGAUGGAACCACAGGAGUGGUUGAUAUGAAGCAGCAGCAUGUCAUAGAAACCUUGAUUGGCAAAAAGCAACAGAUAUCACUUGCAACACAGAUGGUUCGGAUGAUUCUGAAGAUCGAUGACAUCCGUAAGCCUGGAGAAUCCGAAGAGUAAAGACGGCGCGAGCGCGGGUGGAACGAGAUCCCUGCUGUGCGUUUAAAUAGCCGGCGGCCUGGGAUGCGUGUGCAGCUGGUCAUCGUUACUUCCUUCGUCAGACACGUAGGUGCUGUAAUGGAACAGCUGUCUGGGGACCGUAGUUUCACUUGUUUGAAGACAUGUAAUUUUAGGGAUACUGUUUCCAUAAUCGUUUGCAUUCGUUCCAUUAAAGGAUCUUUAAA